CCAAAUGCCUCCCUGCCUUCUGGUGCCAAGCUAUCUUGACGUGGCUAUGGAGCGUUUCAUUUUUUCCAUUAAUUUUUCCUUCACUACUUUCCUCUUUAUAGGCAUGAUGUCUCUGAAAGCAGCACAGCAAAACUCAUAGUUUCUUUUCCUCUCUUUCUGCUUGCCAGUCCAUACAAUCCCCACCCUGACUGUACUUUUUCCCCUCCCCUUUCUCAUGAAAAAAGCCUUUUGCAUGCAAAAGAAAAUAGCUGGAAACCAGUGCUCCUUUUUUCAAAAAAUUCUUUUGUCAGCGCAAUUUCUACAUUUGAUUCCCUUCUGCAUUCUCGUGUGCAGAACAAGCAGAUACUUUUGAAAUAAAUUCAGAAACUACACAGUCAGCUAAAAGGGCUCAGGAAAUUGGAUGAAGAACCCACAGAAAAUUUCAACUAUCAUUGAAACUCAUAACAACCAGCUGAAUAGUAAAGCUCAUGGACAAGCAAGAACACCAAAACUCCUUGGGUCUGUAGAUAUCUCCUCUACAUCAUAACACCUAAAGUGCCAGCUGGAUACAGAAAAGUAAAAUGGCCGCUCUUAUUGCUGAAAAUUUCCGCUUCCUCUCACUCUUCUUCAAGAGCAAGGAUGUGAUGAUUUUCAAUGGCCUGGUUGCCCUGGGCACUGUUGGGAGCCAGGAACUUUUCUCUGUGGUUGCUUUCCAUUGCCCGUGCUCUCCAGCUAGAAACUAUAUCUAUGGCCUGGCUGCCAUUGGUGUACCGGCUUUGGCUCUGUUUGUCCUUGGUGUCAUCUGGAACCAUCACACUUGGAACCUGGUGGCUGAGUGCCACAAGCGAGGAACUAAGAACUUCUCAGCAGCUGCGAACUUCUUGAUCUUUGGCUCCGUCAUGGGACGGGCAGCAGUUGCUCCUAUUACAUGGUCAGUGAUCUCACUACUUCGCGGAGAAGCCUAUGUCUGUGCCUUGAGUGAAUUCAUAGAUCCCACCUCCCUGAAUAACUUUCCAUCUGGCUACGGAGCAGACACCAUGGCCAAGUUCCCUUGUGAAGACUUUCCAAAGAAUGUGACAGGAUUUAAAGAUGAAGUUAUACGACGAUUAAAAUAUGAGUCUCAGCUAUUUGGGUGGAUGCUCAUUGGUGUGGUUGCAGUUCUUGUGUUCAUCACCAAGUGCCUGAAACACUGCUGUUCACCCCUCAGUUACCGCCAAGAAGCCUACUGGGAUCAAUACCGCUGCAAUGAGACCAGACUUUUUCAACGCACUGCUGAGGUACAUGCCAAGAUCAUGGCUGCCACCAACGUCAAGAACUUCUUUGGCUUUGUGUACUUAGACAAGGAAGAGGCAGAAGAGAUGGAAAAAUUUGUGGUGACAAGUGUCCAGCCCAGGCAACAAUGGGAUGCCAUCACUGGAGUCUAUAUCUAUCGGGAGAAUAAUGGCUUCCCCCUCUAUAGCCGUCUCCAUAAAUGGGCCAAAAGGUUGACAGGAAAUAGUUUAGGUCCUGACAGCCAGGAAACUGCCUUUCUAGCUACCUAAGAUAACAACGGUUGCAGAGUUAUACCAGUAGCAAGGUCCAUAGGAACUAUUUCUGAACAGACAUGCACAAAAUGGCCCCAUACACAAUUCAUAAUAUCUCCAUGCUAUCUCAUUUUUGUGUAUUGCCAAAACUCUUGCUACACCAAUGGUGACAAUUAACACCCAAAAAAUAUGGGUGAACUUGAUGUCAGAUGAGGAACAGGAAAGAUCAACUUUGGAAGAAUACCUUCAAAAUAUUAUUACAAAUUGUUGUGAGAAUAAUAAUGCACCUCAAGAAGGUAAAAGAUGAGAACAAGUCUUCCUUCUCUGAUGCAGAGAACACUCCCAAAGGUGUAUUUCCAUACAGAAAAGGAAGAGAAGAUGCUGGAUGUUCAGUCAUGCAAAUGGAGAUGCCACAACGUUUCCUUUGUUUUCACAGAAAACAAUGCCAGUGGGAAGUCUCAUCUUUAUUAUAGUUACUACUACCUCAUGUUACACUUCCUUAACCCACUUCCUCUAAAAGAGCUCAAUACUUCAUUUAAACACGAGAAGAGAAAAUUGAAAUAUCAAUGAGAAGUAAAUUUAGAUGAACCAGAGGAACUUUUUUUUCUGUCCUUGGACUCAGGUAAUACCUGGAACAUUUAUUUUUUGGAAUAAAGUGCCUAGAAUCCUUCAGUCAUUUGGUUGGGGAUUUUGUAGUUGGAUUAAAAAAUAAUUUUCUCAAGUUCUGGGUUCAACUUAUGAGACUGGCUCCAUUCUGCUCCUUCAAG